AUGAAUCAGGCUGAAAGCUGUAACCAAACUGACUAUAACAUCAAAAACAAUAACAUCAACUUUUGCGAAAAGUCGAUCCUCAGCACCAUUGUUAAAGCUGCCGAAUCCUGUACAUCGUUGGAACAACGGAGCAAUACAUCGAGCUUAGAAUCUCUACGUUCGCCGUUGUUAGAUGAUAAUCGAGCCGUAUCAACGUCAUGUUCAUCUGACUCCUUUGAGAUGUCCAGUACGACGUCUCAUCAUGCUGGUGAAUUUUCAACGCUGUCUGAUUCGGCAUUUUCCAGAAAUAAUAAUUCAAUACAAUAUGAUAUCUCAACAGUCGACUCAUUUGGGAAAACAAAAAGUCAGCUUUUAAAACAAAAUGAUCUGUUCGCUUCAGAUUUAGGAACUGUCAAAAAAAGUACUGGCAGUUUUCCGGCUGGUUCCGGCUUGCAUGAUGAUGAUACCGGUUUAGCCUGUGUUAUGCAGAACCCGAAGGUCGAUAUUGUACCGUCGUGGUGCGAAAAACCGACAACUUCCAAAUCGCUUGGUUCGUUGUCUGCGGAACCCGUGCAGAAAACAAAUUUAGAUGCUCUGCGGGAAAGUAUCGAAAAAGAGCUCAGUGACUUGGAUACUUGCUUGCCAAACCUUGACUUCAUUAAAUUGGAAGAAAAAUUAAACUGUGCUGCACAGGAACGACUUGUCACGGAACGUAAGCUACUGGGAGAGCAGGUUCGAAGACGUCUGGCAUUACAAGUCGAUGAACUUACAGCUGGCCCAUCACCACGAAUUUCGACUCGUCCAUCAAAGUCGAACUUAGGUCUACGUUUACAGACUGCAAUGAAUUUACAGGUAUGUUAUAUUAAUGGUAUGGAAAGUAAUGACUAUGAUACGGAUGAUCCAUCGGACGACGAUUUUGAUAUGCCAAAAUCAAAGUCGGUUCCGAAUCUUCGCGGGUGUGUACCAGAUGGUUCAACGCUGAAUGCAUCUGAGCUGAGGCAAAGGACUGUAGUUAGCGAACUUGAAGAAAAAAGGAAUAUUUUUGCUGAAGAAACAAAAAUGAUGUUGGCAAAAGCAAAACAAACUGCACGACUUCAAAUGGAAUUGGAACGAUUGAAUUCACUGUCAUUGGAAAGCAAAUAUACGAGAUUACAACUGUCUCGUACCGAACUUACAGAACUCAGAAAAAUUGCUGAACGUUUGAAGAAACGAAUUGAGGGUAAUCGAAAUGUUUUUGAACAACAAUUACAGUAG